GCUGGCGACUCGGUUGAAGCUUCGAACUCGCCAGUGGACAGCGCGAGUGACCGCACGUGUUCCAUAUUCGAAUAUUUUUAAAUACCGAUACACAAUUAUUUGGAAACAGUGUUUCAUCGAUAUUUUAUAUUUGGAAAGAUGACGCGGCCCUAUCUUUUUGGAAUUGCGGUGCUCCUUGCGCUUUCCUGUCUGGAAGUAUCGUCGAAGCCUUCAAACAGCGAAUUGGCGAAAACUAACAAAGAAUUAACAAACGAAGCUGCAGAAAGAGAAAGAUCACUAGCUUACGACGAAACUAAUACAGAAAACGAAGAUGUUACCAAAGAUAUAUUAGAAAAGAUAAAAGCUAUAAAUGACGCUUUGAAGAAACCAAUCAGAAGACAUCAGUUCCAAUGGAAUGCUCCACCUCAACCAGGUGGAGAAUACGUCCUUGACAAAGAAGUUCUAGAAAAACUUCAGCAAGUUAUUGCUUCUGGAAAGUUGAACCAUCAUACUAACCAUGCACAACAAGACAGUAAUAGAAUCAGUAACGACGAUUUAGAUGACACAAGAUAUUCAAGACAGCUGACAUCUUUGUACGGUGGAAAUCCAGCACAGAUGGCAGUUAUGCCCGGCGCGUACAUAAUGAAUAUGCCUGUUCUAGUUAUGCCGUCUAUGAACACUAUGUACGGAAACAGCAUUAAUCCUACAGAGUACGCGACAAAAAUCCAAACUAAAGAAGGUCCAUCACCAUCGCCAUCACCAUUCCCAUCUUUUCCAUCAUUGCCACCAUUUCAAUGGCCAUUUGCACCUUUAUUUCCCAUUCUAAUAAGAGAUCCAUUACUUAGUAUCAUGAACGGUGGAGGGUGGAACAACUUCAUUGAGUAUGGCCAAAAUGCCGAUGUAUGUAGAAGACAAAAAUCGAAUGAAGCAACAAUAGAAGAUGUCGUUAAAACUAAAGAUGAUUCGGAAAAAUCUUCUGACGUUAUUACGAACUCAAUAACCAAUUUAAGAUCAAGACAAAAAAGGGCAGUUAAGAAACGUACUGUUGCUCAAGGAAGUCAAUUACAAGAUAUUGAUUCAGCUAAAUUAAAUAAAUUCUUCGGCGUUAAACCUUCUUCAACAACUGCUAAGCCUUCAAAGCGGGAACCUGUUGGUCAAGACACUAAAACUGUCCAUCAUGAUGAUGGAGAUGUUCGCUUUGGCUUUCUAGAUUUAUUUGGAAACAAAAAUGGAUACCGACAGCCAACGGGACCCGGAUUUUUCAUAAAUAGAUUAAAAGUGAGGCGAGGCGGAGUUGCUAUCGCUGGUCCAGGAGGAGUGGCGACUGCUGGAAGAGGAGGAACUGCAAUUGUGGGCCCAGGAGGUCUAGCCUACACUCAACCAGGAGGACUGGCUGUAGCAGGACCGGCAGCUCGAAUUGUAGCAUUAUCGCCCGACGCUGACCUCACCGCCAUAGCACAUCGUCUGCAAGCACAAAGUAAAUACGGACGAGGAUGGCGACGAGACGGACAAUGGAGCAGAGAAAUGAAGAGUUCAGAUCAGUACAUAUACAAUGGCAUGGAUUUCCAAGAAGUGCCCUUGAACAUGGAAGAUACAACAUUCAUGCUAUUUAUAAAACCGAUCGCUCACGCUUUGAAUUCUCAAGGAACUGCCUUGGCAAAUCCCAUCUCCCAAGUUGUGAUUGCCAGGAAUCAGAGUGGUACUAUACUCCAUGCACCUUUAGCCACUGCAGUGGCAGGUCCUGGUGGCGUGGCUCACGCCGCAUCGGUACAAUAUGUGCCAUUCUACGGCGGCGCCAAGGGGCAAUACUUAGAAAUAAAAAAAGACAACCUGGGUAGAAUAACUGGGGAGAAAAUAGUCUCAGAAGAAAACAUCAGCAGUGAAAAUAUUCUCAAAAACAAUAACGAUGAGAAUCUACUUGCAAAGGUAAUGGCUGCGAAUUUACAAAACCUUAGAACGCUCUCGACAAAUCUUCUUAAACUGCAUAACCUUGGACGAAAGACUGGUUCCUUGGGGAACGUGGAAAAGUCAAGGUAUAAGACUCAAUUGGCAUCGUUGGGUGAAGCUGCUUCCAACAUUAUCAAGCUGAUAGAAGAAGUGGAUGAUGUCAAUAUGCUGUUCAAGAGGAAUUCGACUGUGAGGUCUAGGGAUGAUGAUGACGAUGAUUAUGUUGCUGAAGAGGGCGUUGGCAUUGAUUCUGCAGAUGAUGACGAUCCUAGUGAUAAUGAUGGCUUCAUUAACAAGGGAACCAUUGCCGAAGCUAAACCCGUAGGUCUUGCCGUUAUUGGAGAGCACGGUCUAGCAGCUUCCAGACCUCUUGCUACAGCGGUAGCAGCUUCUGGAGUAGCACUCGCUAGGCCUGUAGCCACAGCGGUAGCUGGAGUAGACCCAACAGCUUUGGGCAUCAACUUCCAAGUCAACCACUCGAGGAACUGAGUCCGCUUUAGGUUAGCUAGCUAAUAGUCAUGAUGUGCCUAUUAUUUGUAAGCAGUUCAAUGUGCUAUAUUUACAAUAGUCUUCGUAUAGAACGAUAGUCGGUAUAAAACAGUGAAUCUAUAAGUUCAGCUUUUCAAUAUAAAUGAUAAUGAAUAAGCCAUGCAUUAUUAUUGUUAUUCUACAAAAAAUAGAGUGUUUUUCCACCAGCAAUGUGUUAUGCUACGUUGCUGUGGAUGUGUUUGGUUUCCACUAAAU